AUGGCAACGCAAGAUGAUUUUGCAGCAGCAAAGUACCACGCCCCAGUUGCUCUCUACUGUGGGAGCGUUCCUAAAUUCAAAUCCAGAUACACAACUCUGCAAGGUGGAAGCGUGGAUUCAGACACAUGGUUUUGUGACAGCAGCUGGAUUACUGAAGAAGAAGCCUUGACCCAGGACCCCCGAGAGAGGGAGGUGAGCAGCGCUAGCCUAGAAACCAUUCAGAUCAAGGACAAGCUGAAGAAAAGGAGGAUGUCUGAGGGCCUCUUACCCUCACAGAAAGGCCUGACUGACUGCAGUGACGCCAAGGGGGUUAUCCUGGAGUCAGCAGUUUCUGGACCAGCUUCUCAGAGGUCUCUGAUAACCUCCAAGCCCAUGCCUCCCAUCCAGAACAGCCUUCCUUCCUCAGAGCCCAGCGGGAUGAGCGAUGGAGAGCAGGAGCAUGGGGAAAAUGGCACAGGCUGUGGUGACAGUGAUGGGAAGAACAAGGAGCUGAUGUCAGAGGACAAAGGACAUCAAGCCUCCCUGCUGCCCUUGUACUACCGUGGUGGGAAUGGGAAGAAGUCACUGGGAGUGCCUUUGAUUCCCCCUAUCGUCAAGUCAGCGAGACCAUCCGAUGAGGCGCCUGGCAGCUCUGCAGUGCAUCUCUCAAGCUCUCAGCACCAAGAGGCCCUGGAGAUGACGCCAAGAUCAAGCAAUAGCAGUGAAGAGAAGACCCUUGAAUCUCCAGAGCUCCGGACUCUGGAACCCAUCUUACCUGUUCUUCAGCAUCAUGUUGUUGAUGCCGUGAAGUCUGCUGGGCAUCUACAUGAACCUGUGCCCCCCUUAGCAGUCCUCCCACUCAACCAGGACAAGGAGAUGGAUCGUCUGAUGAGCCCUCACCUCCUGAGUGACGAUGACUUGAGGGACAGCAAUGGACGGAUCCACGUUACCUUGUCCAAGUCAGCUCAGAAGAAAAUAUACCAGAAGCGGAUGAGAGAAAUGGAACUCUUGCGCCUGGAGAGGGAGAAAGAGAGGGAUAAGGAAAAGUCCUUGGAGUUCUCUACAAAAAAUGUUGACCCUGGGGUUGCAGCCAAAGAAAGCUUUGGACUACCGCCUAUCAAUGGGAUGGUUUCUCUUUCUGCCAGCACAAGCAAUGCCUGCAGGGAAAGUGCUGGUACUGCCUUGAGGAAGCGGGAGAACAGGUCCUCGCUGCCCAGCAUCCACGUCAACACCGAGGGUUGCAGCUUCCCACGCAACUCCUCAGCAAACUCGCUGCCGGCCGUUGGCCUUGACUUCCUGGAGUGGGGAGAGGAGCCGGCGCGUGGGGCCUCCUGGGAAGCCAGACCCUUCCCUCAUCCACAGCAGGAGCUGCUCAACGCGCUCACGUGGCUCAAGAGUGACGACUGGUGA